GUUGCCGCCAUUGGAACGUUCACAAGCCGCCAGAAAAACUGUCCGCUUGGCUUUCAGUGAGUGUGAUGUGGAAUUUUGUGAUUCGAAAGAAUAUCCUUCCAAAUAAAUUGUAUUGUUUUGAUCUGGGUCAUUUUAUGGUAUAGGCUAGGCACAGCAAGGAUUCAUUGUUGAAAUCCUGCGGAAAUGAGUCACUCGAAAGCAUCCUAUGGAUCCUGCUGUUUCAUUUGUAAAAGUCCGGAGGACAACGAGCUACUUUACGGAAAGAUUUUCAGCAAGUGGCGCCUGCGGGUUCACUAUUACUGUUUGCUUCUUUCAUCAAACCUAGUUCAGAACGGCGAAUCUGAUGAGGUGGGGAUAUUUGGGUUUCUACAACCCGAUAUAAAAAGUGAGGAGGCUCGCAUACAGAACCAGAAGUGUUAUAUCUGUAAGGGACGGUACGCUAACAUACACUGCUGUGCGAAAAAGUGCUUCCGUACGUUUCACACGGUUUGUGGCAUCCAGAGUGGAUGUCUGUCCCAUUUCGUCGAUACGUUCCAGUCGUGGUGCGACAAGCAUGUGGAACUACAAAGCGAUGUACUGCACGGCGAGGAAGAUGUGUGCGGAAUCUGUUACGACGCGAUGGGACCGUACAACAAGCUGGAAUCAAUUUAUGCGCCCUGCUGCCAGAAUGGCUGGUUCCAUCGGCGGUGUGUGGCGCAGUUUGCCCAAACAGCCGGCUAUUUCUUCAAGUGUCCCUUGUGUAAUAACAAAGACGACUUCGGUAGGGCCAUGCAGCUCCGGGGAGUUUUUAUACCGGAAAAGGAUGCAGCCUGGGAGCUGGAGCCAAAUGCGUUUGGCGAGCAGCUGGAACGUCCCUCGGAAUGUGAUGCCGAGGAGUGUCUCUGCCGGUACGGACGAGAUUAUGACAACAAUGCUAAAUGGGAUCUGCGUUUGUGUGAGACUUGCGGUUCUACCUGCCGUCAUGAUUUGUGCAUGGAAGUGCCGACAAAGAAUUACGUCUGUACGUUCUGUCGACCGAUAGUGGGAGACGAAGUGCCAGCAGCCGUGAUGGCACUGGUUGAAGCUUCCCGAAGGGCCGAAGCUGCAAGGAGAGCGGCUGCUUCCGCCACUUCUUCGGACGAAGACGACGAACAGAAUUCAAACAGUAAGAGGCGUGAAUCCGGUAUCCAUAGUCCGGGGAGUAGCAGCAGUAGCAUGGGAAACAGUUCCAGAUCGUCGGUCGUCCGGGCGAGUGGCAAAAGACGGCAUGUUCGCUUGGAAAGUUCCGAUAGUAUGGAAAUGGUGUCCUCAAAAUCGCAGAAAGGUCGUCAACGACGCGUUGUUUCGACCGAUUCUAGUAUGGAUUCACCGAUUGUAUUAUGUAAGAAUCUUAAAUGGAAAAAACAAAACUGUUUGACAAGCGAAGAAAGUGACUCGGGUUCUGAAAUAGGCUUCAAGUCUAAACAAUCAAAAUCUCACAGGAGAUUUUCUUCCUCUUCUUCUUCGCAAACCUCACUUUCUUCGUUCGAAAGUGAGGAUAUCCGACUCCGACAGAUUGUAAUGAAACUAUCCCUCGAACAAGGUGUCAGCAUCGACAAGUUGCUGAUAAUGAAACCCGUCGUUAGACUCCGGAAGCUCAGCGAAGAUGAGAUCAAAACGAUGACUUCGUCCGAAAGUGAAGAGAUGAAGUUUGAUUUUAAUUAUCGUGUCAAGUUGAACAAGAAUCAACGCCGAAGAACGAUGACUGAUUUGCAGACGAUUAAGGAUAUAAUUCGUUCCGAUACCGACACCCUAACCGACUCUUCAGUAGGACAAGAAACUACAGAGGCCAAAACACCUUCGCAUAAGAGCUUUGCUAAACGAUUCCAACUGAAACUGUUUGGAUCGAAGUCUACCGGUCGCAAGCGGAUCAACCAUUCAAGUAGCGAAUCCGAUCAGGAACAACCCGCCAAGAAAUUGUGUCAUCCGCAUGUUCCACAGUCGAAGAGCAAAAGCCGUAUAUCACUUUUCCCCACGGCGGAAAACUCGGAGAACACUUGUCCGAACAGUCCACAGAAGGUUUCUGUUGAGCCAAACGAUAGCGAAUCGAAGCCGCCUGCUAUGGUAGCAAAACUGCGUUCACCACCGGUGAUUUCACCGUCAACUGACAGCACUUCCGCCGUGAGCAUCAUUUCACACAAAGCACCUGUCAUCCAGCAUCAGAAAACAUUGAUUAGCUUUUUCAAAAAGACAUCUCCGUCAACGACGACGACGACCGGUUCUACGUUGGACCAUAACGACAGUACUGUCAGCGGUAGUGGAGGUAGCAGUGCAAUAACUCCUGUCGGUAGUAGCGGCAAAAGUGCGAAGAAAACUCCGGCCAGUGCACAGCGAAAGAAGUUGGUUGAGUUGGAUCGCAGCCAGAAAAAUCUACUGGAUUACUUCAAUCGAUGUUAGGGAGUCGCAACAGGACAUGUGUUUUUGUUUUCUGUAAUAUUAUGAACAACGAAAUAUUGCAGCUAACGUCGUCAUUAAUAUUCGAAUCAAUUUAUUGUACUGCCUUUUUUUUGGACUAAGCCAUGAACCGCUCUAACAACCAGGACGGCAAUAAUCUAGAUUGAAAAUGUAAUGCUACUAAGAAUUUAAAAUCCAUAUUUUUACUUUAAUCGUUCAUGUUGUCGGGUGUUCCGUAUUUUAUACUCUUCGAAAUGAAUUUACUCAGAAUUGUAUAGCAAGUUACGAAUAAACGAGUGGAAUGUUGAAAAUACA